AUGCCACUGGCUCGGUUGGAAGCGUCAUCAUCGAACGAUUUUUUUCCUCUUCAGAAUUUGUACUUUAAAGAAUGUGAUUGUUGUGUUGUUGUAAAGUUGAUUGCACGACAGCCAAAAGCAAAUUCAGAGGUCAUUACGCCUCUGGGAGCGUCGUCGACGAGUGCGUUAACGGCGCCAACAGGAACGGCCGCAACUGUGUCACAUCCUUGGAUGGAUGAAAGCAGGACUGCUAUGAAUGUGUCCCCCUCUAUGUCAGGAGUUUCGCUCAAACGACGUGCUGAAUCUAUACAUGAGUUGCAGAGUUCUAUUAGCGACAAAAAAGUUGAACGAGAACCCACAUUUGGAGAUUAUAGAAAUGGUGUUAUUGGCAUUGCUGUAAAAGCUGAUCAUUCCGCUGCGCUUGGUGGUUCACCACAAAGUUCUCUUCGUCCUACGACAGUGGGCAGUUUAACUGCAGAUACGGCUACAACUUCUGUUUCUGGUAUUAAUUCGUGGAACAGCUCAAUUGCUUUAUCCAGGCCUGGGGGUAUUGAGCAACGCGGAGCCACUAUUUCUGUCGAAAGUUUGUGUUUUUUAUAUUUGUUUGUUUCUACCUAUAUCCUUAUUAUAUGUUGCCAUUUGGAAGUUAAGAAAUGUUCCUUUAUUUUUGAUCGUUUCAUAUUUCUUAUUCCAGCAACUCAUCCUGUGGAUCCUGGGCAUAAUGCUCCAUCAACUUCGGUUGCUCCUAGUGUACCUUGUAAUGCAUCUUCAUCUGCUACGCCAAGCUCUUCAUCAUAUACACCAAUAUUUUCUUCUGGUGGUGGAACUUUAUUUGUAAAUACGUCAUCAAAUGCUCAAUCAUUGUCUAGCCUAGCAAAUGGUAUGAUUUCGGGUCGCUUGCCUUCAGCAAGUGAUGUUCGUACUGGAUUAUCCCAAACAGCUUUGUUCGAUCCGUUACGUCAAGCAUUUAUGGCUAACGCUGCUGCCGCCGGCGUUGCACCUCCACCUAGUGCCUUUGCAAAUCCACUAUUCGGUGCAACGCCUUCAAACCUUGCGUUUCCGUUUCUUGCUCUUCUGCAGCAGCCUCAGCAGCAGCAACAACAGCCUCAGCAGCCAGGUGGUAUUUCUCAACCAGUUGGAGCUUCACCUGCACUAACUGCCGUUCAGCCGUCAGUUUCUACCGCUGCUGCAAUGGCUGCCAAUCUGCAGUUUCCUUCUGGUACACCUUUGGGUUCGCAACUUGCCGGUGCUGCUUUUCUUUGUCGAACCCUGGCACCAGCGCCUUCUCCGUCGCAACCUAGUACUUCACUAAAGGGGAAGUAUGGUAAGUGGUGUAAGAUGCACGUCAAAAUUGCUUGCGAUACAGUGGCUUAUAGAGAACGACAAGCGUCGUCCCAGAAUUCUUCAAUCACUACGUCUCAGUCUCAAGUUGGAGCAGUUCGAGCGUCUUCGUCAAUUAACGCCCCACUUUGUCCUCCAUCCACUUCUCAAGCGAAUUUGCCUGGGUAUCUUUUCUUGUAUAGACUUAUGAGGAUAAGUUUGGCAGCAGGGUUUACUGGCUCUCUGGCAGCGAUUGCAACAGGUGGUUUGCAGCCUCCAUUUGCUGGACUUUCUUAUCAACAGUUUGCUGAAGCAAAUAAGUUAGCAAGGCAGAGGUGCUCCUUAUUUCGUGUCACACCGAAGCCUGCCCAAGCUCGACCUCCUUCAACAGCAAAUCGUAGUUCAAACGGUAAUCCUGCAGCAUUACAUCCUCCACUUGGUCCUGCUGGUAUUGGUGGACCAACAGUGGGUUUGGCUCCUGGAUUGCAUAAUACGGGACUCGGUCAUAAUUUGCCGCUCACUUCUGUUCUUCCCGUCUCUGGCUCGAUUACAAAUGGUACAAGUGAUGCAGCUGCGCAAGCUGCGAUGCUCGCAGCUUGCGCUCAGCAGAAUGUGCAACAUGGUGCAGCGUUAUCGACAGCAGCGUCAACAAAUCCAUUCUUGUUGAAUACACCCCAACUUCAACAUCCGCUUUCUGGAGCUGUAGCUUCUGGUUCUUUGCAACAGGCGCAGGCAAUGUUCCCGUCUCAGAGGAUGUUCGAAACAAAUAUGCAGUCGGUUUUGCAGCAGAUGCAAUCAUUGGAAGCCAUUCGACAGUCUGCUGCAGCAGCACAUUUGAAUGCGGCUGCUGCUGCACCUCAUGCAGCUUCAGCGGCAGCAGCUACGACGACUUUGGACUUAAUGCGCUUGCAAAUGGAUCACCAGCAGUUUUUGGAACGUUAUGCAGUUAUGAUGGGUGCUAAUCCAGCGGCUGCUGCUGCUGUUCAGCCUCAACCGGCUCAGCUUGAUAUAUUAAGACAGCAGUUAAUUAGUCAACAACUCCCGGCUGCUGCUGCAGCAGCUGGAUUGCCAACAUCACUGUCGCAGGGUAUGCCUGCAAAUAUGCUAAGUUCAUCACCAUUAAUGCAGAUUGGUGGAGUGGCAAAUUUGCAGCAACAACUCUAUGGCAAAAUACCUUUCUCUAAUACUCUGGAACAACUUGUACGGCAAAAACGCGAUAGUGAUAUUGUACAAAAUGGCAGCUUGUAUUGGUUUAAGCGUUUAACUUUAACUAUUCGCGCUCUGUUUAGCAACGGAAAUGUUCAGGUUGCAUUUAUGUACACAGUAAUUCCCAAAAUUUUUGUGUACAUCAUAAAGGUUCUUGCGGGUAGAGUUUUGAAAGUUAUUGGGAAAAUGGAUGAUGUUGUGCAAGAAUUUUAG